UCUUUAGUUAUAAGAGCGCCUUUGAUGAACCGAGCGGGAGCGGAGGAAAAGACCAUUUUCUUUUGUUUUUCUCGUUAGGAAAUAUAUAUAUUAAUAAGAACUUAGGACUCUCUUUCCUCUCUCCACAGAUCACUCUGCAAUUCAACCGAAGGAUAUUCAGAUUACAGGAUUUUCAAGAAUUACGCUUUGAAGUGGAAUCUUAUACUACAGUUUAUAGAGAUUCUUGGGGGGGAAAGAGAGCGAAAGGGAGAGGGAGAGAGAGAAUGGGAUACAUAGGGGCGCAUGGGGUUGCGGCUCUGCAUAGGUACAAGUACAGUGGAGUGGAUCACUCUUAUUUGGCCAAAUAUGUGCUGCAGCCCUUCUGGACUCGCUGUGUUAACUUCUUCCCACUAUGGAUGCCGCCAAACAUGAUUACACUUAUGGGAUUUAUGUUCUUGGUUAUGUCUGCAUUACUUGGAUAUAUAUAUUCACCUCACUUGGACUCGCCUCCGCCAAGAUGGGUUAGCUUUGCCCAUGGAUUGUUGCUCUUCUUAUAUCAAACAUUUGAUGCUGUUGAUGGAAAACAAGCAAGAAGAACAAGUUCCUCCAGUCCAUUGGGAGAACUUUUUGAUCAUGGAUGUGAUGCUCUUGCCUGUGCAUUCGAGGCGUUGGCCUUUGGGAGCACUGCUAUGUGUGGUCGGCAUACUUUUUGGUUCUGGUUUAUAUCAGCGGUUCCUUUCUACUUGGCCACAUGGGAACACUACUUUACCAAUACUCUCAUUCUCCCGGUUAUAAAUGGACCGACAGAAGGGCUUUUGUUGAUAUAUGUGAUGCAUUUCAUCACAGCUCUUGUUGGUCCUGAGUGGUGGGCUCAACCCUUUGGGAAAUCUGUUCCAUUCUUGAGUUGGAUUCCAUUUAUAAAUGAAAUCACGAUGUACAAAGCUGUCUUGUUGAUUAUGGUAGUCUUUGCUGUCAUACCAACAGUCUCAAGCAAUGUGCACAAUGUUCUUAAAGUUGUUCGAGCAAGAAGAGGAAGCAUGCUACUAGCUUUGGCAAUGCUUUUUCCUUUUGUUGUGCUAGUGGGUGGAGUUACCAUCUGGGCUUACUUAUCUCCCGCCGAUAUAAUUGGCAACUACCCACAUCUGCUCGUAGUGGGUACCGGGCUUGCUUUCGGGUUUCUUGUGGGAAGGAUGAUUCUCGCUCACCUAUGUGAUGAACCUAGGGGCUUGAAAACAAACAUGUGCAUGUCCUUGUUUUAUCUGCCUUUUGCCAUUGCAAAUGCUCUCACAGCCCGGCUGAAUGAUGGAGUUCCUUUAGUUGAUGAGUUUUGGGUUCUUCUUGGUUACUUUGCAUAUACAGUGGUGCUCUAUCUGCAUUUUGCCACAUCGGUCAUUAAUGAAAUAACAUCAGCCCUGGGAAUCUACUGUUUCAGGAUAACAAGGAAAGAAGCUUGAGCUAUGACCAGUGUGUGUCUGCACCAGGUACCUUGAGAGAUAGCUGAUUCAUCUUUGGCGAAACAAUUCCUACCUGCCACUUUGCGAAUACGCCCAAUAUCGGUGACCCCUAGCAACAAUUUUUGGGACUGAACAUUUAUAUAGGGUUUAGUUUUAUAGCCUGCGACUAGGUCUAAUUAAUACUUAUUCACUGUAAUUAUCUAAGUUGUAUUCAGGAAACUUGUUGCCUUUCAUUUUGUCCAAAUUGCUGUGUGGGAGCUAUUCAAAUGCUAGAGACGACAGUGGCUCGUUUACAGUUUGCAUACUGUAGCGUUUAAUGGGAUGCAAUUGAUUUGAGCAGCAUCAGAUUUUGUAGGCUGAUGACAAAUCCUACCCUUUGUUCCCUUGAACGUCAAACUGUGUUUUUGGCCUGAUACAUCAACUCUUUUGUUGCU